UCCAGCAAGUUCGCUCCUCGCCUCGGUCGCUCGCUCCUGCUGCUGGCCCGCCGCCUGCGAAUCUUCCCGCAGUCUGUUGUGAGGUCUUGAACGGAGCACUUCUCCGGGGGUCGGCGCAGGCAACGGAUGGACGCCUAAAACGUUAGCUCAGAUGUCUCGUGCUCCAGCGAACUCUCCUUCAACCGGUGUCACCCUGUGAUACAGGCUCACGUGUGAGACGUCUUUCAGCUCCACCUUCGGCUCCGAAAUGACAACUUCCCUUAGAGGUGGCUCUUUGAACGCUGCGGUGCGGUGGUCAGCGCUUCUACUAGCGCUGCUCCAAAUUGUUUGGCUACCGUACGUCUCGGCACAGUUGCCCCUGCGCAGUUCGGACGGCGACGCCUCCCGCAAGUGCGCCGUGUCCGACGCGGACUGCAGCGAGGCCGACUCACGAGUGCUGUGCGGUUCGGACGGGCGCACCUACUCUUCACAGUGCGAGGUGGACCGAGCGCGCUGCGAAGGACACCUCGUCGAAGUCAAGCACGAGGGACAGUGCCCAGACGCGCGCCGGUGCUGGUCGCAGCGGAGCCAGGCCCUGGAGCAAGUCCGGAGCGGGGCGUCCGGAGUCUUCGUGCCGGACUGCUCCGCGGACGGAGCCUUCGUCCAGGUGCAGUGCCACCGGCUCACGGGCUACUGCUGGUGCGUCGACGCGCAGGGAAAAGUGCUGUCCGGAUCCUCCGUGCAGAACAAAAGGCCCAACUGCACGCACCCCGACAAGAAGACCACAUUCCAGAGGAGAGCACCGCGGAGGGGACUUCCUAAGAAAGGCUGCACCAACGCAGACAGGAGCCAGUUCAACGGAAACCUCGUAGACAUCUUCCAGAAAGAGUUCAAGAGGCUUCCCAGCCAUCCCGCUUCCGACAUGAGUCAGUUGCCGGCCUCUCUGCUGGACACGACCGAGAAGCAGGUCAUCCAGUGGAAGUUCACCGAGCUGGACCUGAACCGGGACGAGGUGCUCCAGAGGCGCGAGGUUCGGGAUCUGCGGCGCAUGGCGCGGCGCUUCGUCGAGCCCCGGGCAUGCGCCCGCAGCUUCACCCGCUACUGCGACCACAACCAGGACAAGCGCAUCUCCAGGUCCGAGUGGUCCGUCUGCCUCGGCGUCGACAUCAACAUGGUGUCUUUUCGUCUGUUCAUGUCCUUGAACUCAGACGAGGAGCAUGGAGGGGCCGCGGCGGAAGCCGCUGCGCCGAGCACCGCCCCGCCCGCUCACCGGGACAGGGCCGCCGCUGUCCCCAGGACACCGUCGAUGCCCCGACCGGCCCUCCAGGACUCGCCCAGGAGGGACCCCGGCGGAGCGGACGAGUUCCUCCUCAGCAAGGUGGCCAGGAGCCGCGUCGUCAUCGGCGGCGGGGACGAGGACGACGAUCGCAACGACGGUGAAAGACUCCGGCCUCCAGGUGGCGUCUGGGGCGACCCCGACACGAGGCUCAACAGUGGGACCAGGUAUACGGAUGACCAAGACGUCUUAGAAAACAAAGACGAAGACGAAGUCCAGGACUGCUCGAGCGCUCGCCGAAAGGCUCUGGAGGCCCACCGCCAGGCUCCCAAGGGCAGGAUCUACGUCCCGGAGUGCGGCAGCGACGGCACGUACGCCGAGGCCCAGUGUCACACGGGCUACUGCUGGUGCGUCAAUCAGCGCACCGGAAGACCCAUCCGAGGCAUCGCCACCCUCGGCGUGAAGCCCGACUGCGCCGCCGCGAGGCUACUCGCGAGGUCGUUCAAGGGCUGUUCCUACAAGAAGAAGCAGACUUUCCUGACCGAACUAAUCGACAACUUCCGCCGGGACAAGGAGCGGAACGGCAGUUCUCCCGAGGGACCGGCACCAAUUACGCGAGACGAGGCGGUGCGGUGGAAGUUCUCCAGCCUUGACGUCAAUCUUAACAAGGUGCUUGAACGGCGCGAGUGGAAGCCUUUCCGACGUGGCUGGAAGGACUUCCUCAAGAACGGCUCCAGGACCGGAGGCGGUCGCAAGAAACUGCGCAAGUGCUGGCGGAACUUCCUGCGCUACUGCGACGAAGAUGCGGACAACCGAGUCACUUUCGACGAGUGGAUCAAGUGCACGGAGCAAGCGCCGGUGCCCGAAACAUCGACGCGGCUACCCACAAACCCAAACCGCAAGGGACCCAAUCCUUUCGCAACCAUCCUUCGCAGCACAUGAGGAUGGGCACCACGAAGACGUCGCGACCUAUGGCGUCAGCAACGGCGUCAAUUACGACGCCAUCUUUCAACCCACAAGACUACAUAAAUCAAUGUUACAAUGGAUUUUUUUUUUUCUCUCAGAAGAGUUUUGGGCAAGCGCAGGCCCUCGUCGCGCAGCGGCGAGAGCUCGAACUACGAUUGGCGUCCGGAAGGGUAGUUGCGCUACCUUUUCUGCUUCCUCCGAGUCUCGAAAGAAUUGCGGAGGGGGCAAGAGAGGUAGCGCAACUUCCUUUCAAGGCGUCAACCGUAGUGCGAGCUUUCGCCGCUUGGUGUCGCCAUUAUGUUCAAAAAAAAAAGGUCCAUUGCAGUGCCUGUGGAUAAAAGUGACAGUACGGCUGCUACUUUCCUCUUGCAUUUGAGCGAGGCGAUUCAGAAAGAAGUGAUUCUUUUCCGCGCUGGAGGCAUACGACAAACACGCCAAAAAGGACAAAUGGAUGCGACGUCACAGAACUCCUUAUCAGGUGGACCCACUGCUUCCGGUUUUGCGCACAACCAACGGGCACUCCAGGAACACCUUUCCUUCUACUUGAUGGACAUACACUUGUUUUGUGCUUCGUAUUUUCACAGCGGCUACGCAACGACGACAGCUGUGCAAGUGCUUUUUUGUGCGAGCAACAUUGCGCGGCAAGGAACUCCGACGUCAGCAGAAGCGUCGACGCAUUAUCGAUGACGUCAAGGGCAACGCCACGCUUUCUCGCUUGACGAAAAGCGAAACUAACAAGAAGUGACACUGCAAUUGAAGCGGCUGGAUAAAAGCGACAGAGGGCCAUUGGUUACCAUGGCAGCAGCACCGCAGCGUGACGCUUUUUUUUCUUUUUUUUUUCUUUUUUUUUUUUUUUGUACUCUCGUUUUUUUUUUUUUUUUUUUUUUAUUUAAUCACGUAGAGGUUGCUCCUGGUGACACUAUGCCGCGACCCUGGGUACGCGGAUAAGAGCCGUAUUUUCGAACUCAACAACACAUUGCUGCGGUUUGCUCGUCUGAUUGUUUGUUUGUUUGUUCUUGCUUUAGCGUAUUGACGUCUCUUACGACUCUAACUCUAUUUCGUUUCAUGGCCCAUUCUGUUCUGUGCUUGACUUCUUGCAUUAGUGAGACUGUCCGGGUCGCCCAGGAAACGACGGACCUUCACUGUCAGGGUAAACAAAACCCAACCGCUCCGUGGGAGGGAAUAGUAAUUUCCGGUUCGGGUCUGUUUGCGGUCCGUGUGUUGGCGUUUGAGGAGACAAAUUUCGGUAUUGAUGUGUUUUAUUGUUUGUUUGUUUGUUUUUCAUCGAAGCCAUUCAUUCCCAGUUGAACUGUAAUAUCGAGCAGUCCCAAGAAGUGCGGCUAGAACCAAAUUAUUUUAAAAUGCUAACUGCGAUGAAGAAGCUAGCUUGUUUGUGGGGUUUUAUUUUAUUUUGUUUACCUCAUGUAAGCACCUUUUCAGCACUCAUUACUCGGGCGGAAAAGGGUGAGUCAUUUUAAUGGGCUGGUCUCUAGAUUUUUUCGAUCGUCAAGAAUAUUAUAGCUUGAAUGAAAUGUGGACUUAAUGGUCUUUACUAUGUUUUGCCUAUAGCAAAACAUAUUUUUGGUGGAAUACAAACUGUCAUCGGGACUCAAAGUCCACUCAAUUUAUCUUAUUACGUUGAGUCGAGCACGAAAAUAAAAUACAAAAGCAUUCGAUGAGGAAUGGACAUCUGCUAACUGCUUGUUUGUUUUUAAGUGUGCGCCCGUUGGCGUCCUACGGCAGUAAAACCUUCCCAACAUGAACACUUGUCAAGCGCGCAUGAAGUGUCCAACCUUAUCACGGUCGCAAUACGUGAUAAUAUUAAGGGAGUUAUAAUGUGCUACUUGAUGUUUUACCUUUUUUACCAUGUCACCUCAAGUCUAGAGUCUCUCACCGUAACGCCUUGUGUGCGUGCAUGUGAAUAUUCGGCAACCGAGCUGCAGCCGCGAAUACAAUCUUGGUUGAGAAGGAUUUUCGUUGAAGGUUAUGCGGCCAUUGAAAGACAGUGUUAAAUGUUCAGGAUGUAGUAAAGCUCACAUCUUCCAAAACAAAAAAAAAAACACCAAAAAGACGUAGUAUUUUAUGUAAAUAUAGCAAAUUUCCCGCCCACCGCACACGGGAACCCAGACACGCACGCACGCGCAAACAUAUUUAACCUGUAAAUGCGGCCACACGUGUUUAGGUUACAGAUGUGCCAUUAUAUGUGGACAUGAGCUACGUGACACUUAAUGUUUCAGCUUCGCUUGGCGUGUUCUAAUUGCAUGAACCUUCAACAUGGAAAACUGUUAUGAAUCGGUGAUCUUCAGCGCGUGUUUUCAGACUUGCUUUUACGGUUUCGCGUUUUGACCGGCACGUGCUGUGAAUAUUUGAUAUUUUUGUGCAUACCGCCGAGUGAACCUGUGUUGAGCAGCUUUGUGAUCUAAUCUCUUACGUAAUGCUGCGCAUGAUGAUGUAUCUCAUCGGUAUUUUCAACACAAGUGUCCAAAUUUAAUGAGCCUAGUGUUCUUGUGUACCUAAAGCAAAUGUUGCAAUUUACAUUUUUUAUUGGGUUGCGGUUGUGCCAAUUUUGCUUUAAAAAUCGAUUUGCCCCUUGUUAGUGCCCAGCUUUUAAACUUGUGCAAAAGUCUGAAUACAGAUGCGCCAUCUGUGGGUGUGUUCCUGAAACUUGUCUAUUUCUGCUUAGUACAAGUCUCAACGAAGGCUUGCCCACAGAUGGCGCUAUCGCAGCCGGAACGAGGGCGUUGUCAUUGAGAACGCCAGAGGAAAGCAGCGUCAUCUAGGAAUGAAUCCUUAAAUCGGUGAGAUGGGAAGCUCGCGCCAUCUAGAGCAUGAAUUGAGCACUGACGCAACUUGGUAGAUAAAGCGUAAAACGGUGGAAAAAAGAUAUCAAACUGCACACGAGACGACUUGCGAAUACUCGCAGGAGUUCGGGGGGACAUAAUUCCAACGUUGAAACGUUUUAGCCGACCUCUGCGAACAUUACCGCCCACACUUGAACUGUCAUCGACACCUGUACAUAGUUUAUUUCGCCCAUUUGCUUGCGACACCAAUUGUCCAGACAUUUUAUAUAUAAAUAUAUAUAUAUGUACAAUAAUUGUCUUGUAGAAUAAAAUUCAUGUUGACCACCAUGUU